GGCAAAAGCGAACCUAAAUUUUAUUCUGAACUUUGACUUUUUUAAAAAUCAUAUUUUAGAACUUUUUUUUUUCCCAAACAUACGUCAAUCCAAAGCGUACAAGAUGGCGCACGCGUGCAGGCAGGUGAGCGGAAGUGUGGCGAGCUGCGCCGGCUGGGUGGGCCUCAUCGUCGCCACGGCGACAAACGACUGGGUGAGAACGUGCGACUACAGCGUGGCCACCUGCGUGCGCAUGGACGAGCUGGGCUCCCGCGGGCUGUGGGCCGAGUGCGUCAUCUCGCCCGCCCUUUACCACUGCGCCGCCCUCGCCCAGACCCUUAAUCUGCCCGCUUACAUCCAGACGUCUCGUGCUUUGAUGGUGUGUGCGUGUCUCUUGGGCCUUCCCGCCAUGUUGCUGGUCCUCAUGUCCACUUCCUGCGUGCGGCUGCCGCACGACUCCCCCGCCAUCAAGCAGCGGCGUGCCCGUGUGGGCGGCGGGCUCUUACUCCUUAUGGGUGUGUGUGGCCUGGUGUCCACCGUCUGGUUCCCCGUCGGUGCUCACCAAAACGAGGCCCUGAUGUCGUUCGGCUUCUCGCUCUACACCGGCUGGGUGGGCGUGGCGCUCUGCUUCCUGGGCGGCUCGGCGGUCUUGUGUUGCCCCGCCCCCGCUGACCCCGGGGCCUUCAGCAGGGAGAGCAGUUUCUUCUACUCCAGACAGCGAGGGGGCGCCGUGGCGCUGGACCGCCCGGCCAACCACGCCAAGAGCGCGCACGUGUGAGGGGGGCGUGGCCCAGAUGCUCGGCGCUGAUUAGCUCGAGAAGCAAU